AUGUCCUCAUUUCAAUUGCAAAGCUCCGAGGUUUUGGCUAGGCUCAAGCCAUUUGGAAUUCUGUUUGAAAAGUCAUUAAAUGACCUCAUUAAAGGUAUACGAGUGCAUUCAAAGGAAUCGCCUGAAAGCUUACUGGGGUUUUUAGAAGCAGCUCUAAUAGAGUGCAAGAAUGAGCUAUCGACUACGGACUUAGAGACUAAAGCAAUGGCUAUAUUGAAGCUCGCAUACUUGGAAAUGUAUGGAUUUGAUAUGUCCUGGUCGAAUUUUCAAAUUUUGGAAGUUAUGUCAUCCAAUAAGUUUCAAUUAAAGAGAAUUGGAUAUCUAGCAGCUAUUCAGUCGUUUAAAAAUGAGCAGGAUUUAUUGAUUUUGGCUACUAAUCAAUUUAAGAAGGAUUUAAAUUCACAUGUUCAUAUUGAAAUAGGAUUGGCGUUGAGCGGUAUUGCCACCAUUGUGACUCCCAAUUUGGCUAAAGAUAUUAAUGAUGAUGUUUUAAUGAAACUUAAUCAUUCAAAGGCUUAUAUAAGAAAGAAAGCCGUUUUGGCAAUGUACAAAAUAUUCUUACAAUAUCCGGAAAGCUUGAGACUAAACUUCAAUAGAAUAAUAGAGAAGUUAGAUGACACAGAUAUAUCAGUAAUAAGUGCUACCAUCAAUGUAAUCUGUGAAAUAUCUAAGAAGAAUCCUAAAAUAUUCAUUAACUAUUUACCAAAAUUUUUCACGAUUUUGUCUGACACGAAGAAUAAUUGGUUAAUAAUAAGAAUUUUGAAAUUAUUUCAAAGUUUAUCGAAAGUUGAAUCAAGAAUGAAGAAAAAAAUAAUGCCAAUUUUAAUGGAUUUGAUGGUCAGUACUCAGGCUUCGUCAUUAAUCUAUGAAUGCAUAAAUUGUAUUGUCAAUGGGCGUAUGCUUUCAUCUUCAUCGUCUAAAGAUAAAGAAACAGCCAAGUUUUGCCUCGAACGAAUUAUGAGGUUUUUUGAAACUAAAGACUCUAAUCUAAAGUUUGUGGGCUUGCUUGCGUUUAUAAAUAUCCUCAAAGUAUUUCCUUCAUUUAUGCAUAGUAUUGACGGUGUUUCGAGAGUAAUUACAGAUUGUCUCAAGGACCCUGAUUUAAUCAUUAAAAGGAAGGCCCUUGAAGUGUGUCAUUUCUUGGUCAACGAGGACAAUAUGACAGAUGUGGUAAGUGUUUUACUAAUGCAAUUAAUUCCUAGUGAUACAGGAAAUCCAAUUGUGCCUGAAACUUUAAAAUUAGAUGUAACUUCUAAGAUUUUGUUCAUAGCAUCAAGGGACAAUUACAAGAACAUUCCAAAUUUUAAAUGGUAUGUGGCUGUAUUAAAGGAUAUACUAAAUCUAGCCUUGCUUCCCUUGCCAUCGUCAGCAAACUCAACUAUCUCCCAGUCAACGGCUGGAAUAAUCGCUAGUAACGUUGGCAAAGAGUUCAAGUCAUUAGCAACUAAAGUUCCUUCCAUUAGAAACAACCUUUUGAACGACGUCAUUUUUGAUUUGGUGCAGGAUACUAAAGUCCUAGAUAACUGUCCAUUGUUAUUAAGAGAUGCAUAUUGGAUUUUGGGGGAAUAUGUUGAUGAGCUUUCAAAUGUUAAUGAAGAUGAAAGUGAUAACGAAACUGAUAAUGAAACUGAUAACGAAACUGAAGCUAUUACCGACCAUGAGGUAAAUAUUAAUAGGAAAGAUCAAAUUUUGAAUUGUCUAGUGAACAACAACAUUGACAAGGCUUUGGGCAUCUCUCAGAAUUAUAAAUUUCCUGUUUCAGCAAAGUUGGUUGGAUUGCCAUAUGCUAGUGUACUAGUAGUGCUAGUUCAAGCACUAGUUAAAAUUUUCAGCAGUACGGUUUCUGACUAUGUAGCAAAUGGCUCUACUAUGCACGAACUCUCGCAGUCUGAAUAUCGGCAAGUUGUCUAUCGGCUUUAUAAAGUGAUUAAAUAUUUGGAGAAUUGGGAAAAUCAUACCAACUUUGAAGUUCAAGAAAGGGUCUUGUCUUGGUUGGAGUUCUUGAAGAUUGGUCUUGAAGCGAUGGAUGAAAACGAUGGAAUAUACAAGUCAAUGGAAGAAGCAGAAAUAGCGCUCUAUAAAUUUUCCGAUAGCAGGCACAUAAGCGACAGUGAUUCUUAUCUUGAAGGAUCGGAUUAUGAAUUUGGUUCGGAUGCCUCAGGGAUGCAGAGCUCUUCCAAUUCACUAAAUCAUAGUAAUGACAAUGAUAAGCUGUCAGAUUCAAGUUCAAAUGGUCAACCCCAAUUGCUACAUCCCUCAAUUGUACCGAAUAAUGGUCUCAAUUUAGACUCUUCGCGAGUCAAGUUCACCCUUCCAGUGUUAUUGACACAUAUUUUGCCUUCGUUUUUCAAAUCCUAUCCCUUAAACCCUGUUGCACCAGACUCUCAACGGAUGAUUGCAGUUCCGGAAGAUCUCGAUUUGGAAACUUAUAUAAAUCUGCCGCUUACAAAAGUAGGUAGUGACAACGAGGAAACUGAAGAUGAGGAUCCGUACAGUGAAGCUUUGACUAAUGAUACACCACCAAAUGUUGGAGGUUUUGAUUUCGAGAGUGUUGAUGAUACUCAAAAGAAGAAAGAAAGACUUGAAAGAUUAAAAGAUGAUCCAUAUUACAUCACUUCAUUUGACGAUAAAAAUAAUAAAUCUUCUUCAAAACUUAAUAAGCAAUUUGAGGUUGGAAGAGGAAAUUCAGAAUCUAUUUCUAAUAGAGGCUCAAUCACUCCAAGUUCAGAAAGGAAAGAAAAGAAGCUGAAAAAAGCAAGCAAUAAGAAAAUAAAGAAAGAACGAGUCAUAAUUCUUUCUGACGAAACAGUGGAGGGAAUUUUGAUCGACUCUGGAAAAAAGGAAGAAGCUGUUGUUAGACCUAAGGCUAAGAAGAGUAAUUUGAAAAUAGAUUCCUCUAACCUCGAUAAUUUCGAUUUGAAUUCAUCAAAUGCUUCUGACUCGGUAUCCUAUAAAGACGAAUUAGAAAGCAAUAUAGACUUGGAGGAACUUAGGAAAAAAUUGGCCGAUGCAGACAUGAAUGAGAAUUCCAGUUUAGGUGUUAGAAAGAAGCUCAAUUCAAAAUCAAAGACUAAAUCCAAAAAAUCAACGUCAAAGAAUGCAAACUCGAGUUUUAAAAAUAAUAGGGUGGAAUCCCAGUCUCAGACUUUGGUUCAUGAUGGCGAAGAUUACAAAGCCGAAAUUAAUACUGAACUACAAGCUUCGAAACCCUCGGUUCCAAUAGUUAAGAAAACUGCCAAGAAGAAAAAAAAGGCACACAUAAUAGAUUAA